AGUACCUCCCAGGAACUUUGCUCUACGAGAGCAUCAUGUCAUUUCCAAAGGUUUGGUUUAUUACUGGAGCUUCCUCCGGAUUCGGUCGAGUCGCCACAGAAACCAUUCUCAAGGAAGGACAUAUCGUUGUUGCAACGGCUCGAACACCAGAAUCUCUCAAUGACUUGACAGCAACCUAUUCUGCAGACCGACUUCUAAUUCUGAGAGUCGACGUGACAAAGCUACAAGAUAUCAUAGAUGCGUUCACCAAAGUGAAAGAGGUGUAUGGUCGUCUGGAUGUCGUCUUUAACAACGCUGGUAGUGGUGCUCUUGGGGAGCUGGAAGGUACACCUGACGAGGUUGCUCGUGCAAUGUUCGAAACAAACUUUUGGGGGGCUGCCAACGUUAGUCGAGAAGCUGUCAAGUUCUUCCGGGACGUGAACAAGCCUGGCAUCGGAGGUAGACUCUUGAAUAUGAGCUCUGGUGCAGGAUUAGUUCCAUUACCAUGCUUCGGUUUCUACUGCGCGACGAAACACGCUUUGGAAGGGUUGACGCAGUCCCUAGCUCAUGAAUUGGAUCCCGAGUGGAACAUCAAGGUCACAUUGAUAGAACCUGGUGACUUCCGCACAAGAGCUCACUAUCAAAGUCUCGUCCGACUGGAGGCCCCUCCGGCGUAUAGAAACCCGUCGCUCCCAAGCAAGGCCAUCCGUGACGCGGAGAACAGUGACGUGUUGCAUGGGUCGGAUCCUCGGAAAGCCGUCAAGAAAAUAUACGAGCUUGCCUCACUUCCCGAUCCUCCGCUUCGAUUUAUAGUGGGAAAGGACUGCAUAGAGCUAAUCAAAGGCCAAUUGAAAGUAAUCCAGGGUGAUUUAGAGAGAUAUGAGAGCUGGUCGAAUGACUUGGGAUUUGAUGAGUAAUGCGAACGUGAAGAAACAGCGAUUUUGAUAACCACUUUCCCGUAUAGCCUGUGCCCGUAAGAAGUAGACGGCGUGCAAUAUCUGUAGCAGUCUCCUAUCGUAUGUAGGUCAGGUUGCAGGUAACUCUAGGUGAACUGCUGGAGGCUGGAGCUGAGGGGUCCAGAAUCCACGACAUGUCAUUUAA